AGAGAGAGAGAGAGAGAGAGCAGUGAACUGCUGGAAAACUGACGACUGACAGAGAGAGGUAGAGUGAGAUAGAGAGAGAGAGGUAGAGUAGAGUGAGAGGGAGAGAGAAAGAGAGAGGUUCCUGUCGUAAGUCGGUAUCGUCGCUGCAGCCUCUGCCCUCGUUUUAUGAGAAAAGCCCCGCAGCUCCCGUCGCUCCACCGAGGUUUGUGGUGCUCCUCUUUAGAGUUUCCUGCUGUUACAUGGUAACACAGAGCUGAAAACAAGAGGGUGUUGAAGAUGGCAGUGUGGAUCCAGGCCCAGCAGCUCCAGGGAGAUGCCCUGCACCAGAUGCAGUCUCUCUAUGGUCAGCACUUCCCCAUCGAGGUGCGGCAUUAUCUGUCCCAGUGGAUAGAGGGCCAGCUCUGGGAUGUCAUAGACCUGGAGAACCCGCAGGAGGAGUUAAAGGCAAAGCGCCUGCUGGACAGUCUGAUACAGGAGCUGCAGAACAAGGCUGAGCACCAGGUGGGAGAAGACGGCUUCCUCCUCAAAAUCAAACUGGGACACUACGCCAACCAGCUCAAGAGCACGUAUGACCGCUGUCCUCUGGAGUUGGUCCGAUGCAUCAAACACAUCCUCUACACGGAGCAGAGGCUCGUCAGAGAGGCCACAAACUCAAGCUCUCCUGUGGGCGGGAUGAUGGACAGCAUGUCUCAGAAAUACCAGCAGAUAAACCAGGCCUUUGAGGAGCUGCGCCUGAUGACCCAGGACACUGAGAAUGAUCUGCGCAAGCUCCAGCACAACCAAGAGUAUUUCAUCAUCCAGUACCAGGAGAGCCUCCGCAUCCAGGCUCAGCUGACCAGCCUGACCACACUGCCCCCUGCUGACCGACAGCUACGGGAGCCCGCCCUCAUGAGCAAGAGAGCCACAGUGGAGGCAUGGCUGACCAGGGAAGCCAACACACUACAGAAAUACAGACUGGACCUUGCAGAGAAGCACCAGAAAACGCUGCAGCUGUUGAGGAAGCAGCAGACCAUCAUUCUGGAUGACGAGCUAAUCCAGUGGAAGAGACGGCAACAGCUGGCAGGCAACGGGGGCCCGCCGGAGGGAGGCCUGGACAUCCUGCAGUCCUGGUGUGAGAAGCUGGCAGAAACUAUCUGGCAGAACAGGCAGCAGAUCCGGAGAGCAGAGCACCUUAGACAACAGCUGCCCAUUCCUGGCCCCAUCGAAGAGCUGCUCAACGAACUCAACAGCACUAUCACAGAUAUCAUUUCAGCAUUGGUCACCAGCACCUUUAUUAUCGAGAAACAGCCUCCACAGGUGUUAAAAACCCAAACCAAGUUUGCGGCUACGGUACGACUCUUGGUGGGGGGGAAGUUGAACGUGCACAUGAACCCUCCCCAGGUCAAAGCCACCAUCAUCAGCGAACAGCAAGCCAAGGCCCUGCUGAAGAACGAGAACACAAGGAAUGACAGCAGCGGGGAGAUUCUCAACAAUAACUGUGUGAUGGAGUACCAUCAGACCACAGGCACUCUCAGCGCCCACUUCAGGAACAUGUCUUUGAAGAGGAUCAAGCGAUCGGACAGGCGAGGGGCGGAAUCUGUCACAGAGGAGAAGUUCACCAUCCUGUUCGAGUCCCAGUUUAGUGUGGGAGGCAAUGAGCUUGUCUUUCAAGUUAAGACGCUAUCACUUCCUGUGGUGGUGAUAGUUCAUGGUAGUCAAGACAAUAACGCCACAGCAACAGUGUUGUGGGACAAUGCUUUUGCGGAGCCGGGACGGGUGCCUUUCCUCGUGCCAGACAAGGUGCUCUGGCCUCAGCUGUGUGAUGCCGUCAACAUGAAGUACAAGGCCGAGGUGCAGAGCAACCGAGGCCUGUCUGAGGAGAACCUGGUGUUCCUGGCUCAGAAGGCCUUCAGCAGCUCGAGCAACAACUCCGACGACUACCGCAGCAUAACUAUGACCUGGUCACAGUUUAACAGGGAAAGCUUGCCAGGGAGGAACUUCACAUUUUGGCAGUGGUUUGAUGGUGUGAUGGAGCUCACAAAAAAGCAUCUUAAACCACACUGGAAUGACGGGGCCAUCUUGGGCUUCGUGAACAAGCAGCAGGCUCAGGACAUGCUGAUGUCCAAACCCAACGGUACUUUCCUUCUGCGCUUUAGUGACUCUGAGAUCGGAGGAAUUACAAUAGCCUGGGUGGCGGAAAAUCCUAAUAAAGCAGGUGAGAGAAUGGUCUGGAACCUCAUGCCCUACACAACCAAAGACUUCUCCAUUCGCUCUCUGGCCGACCGCAUCAGCGAUCUCAACCACCUCCUGUUCCUCUACCCCGACAGGGCCAAGGAUGAGGUGUUCUCCAAGUAUUACACCCCGCCCCUCUCUAAAGCAGUGGACGGCUACGUGAAGCCUCAGAUCAAACAAGUGGUGCCCGAGUUUGCAACAGCCAAUCCAGACCCAACAGGUGGGAACCAAACCUACAUGGAUCACGGCGCAUCGCCGGCACCUGUCAGUCACCCUCACACCUACGGCAUAUACCCACCUAUGAGCGACUCCAUGCUGGACGCGGACGGGGACUUCGACCUGGACGACACCAUGGACGUGGCGAGGCACGUGGAGGAGCUCCUCCGGCGGCCGGUGGAGAGCCAGUGGGGCGGCCAGCAGUCAUGACCCUCGGACCCUUUUCACCUGUGACAACAACCAAACGAACCCUGCCUCCCAACCUGCCCCACUCGCAUUGACGUCUCUCAUGGUUUAAUUCCAUCCACUGCUCUUUUGUUUCUGAUGACUAUAAUGUGAAAUGUUAAUAAUGGUUGUGAUCUUUUUUUCUUUCUUUCCAGCAUGAGAGCAUGCACGUCAGUGACUUCUCUUAGUUUUUGUUUGUGUCCGCUAGUGUUUGUAAAACAGACUAGGUAUAAAUGCAGAAACCUACAAUGUUACAGUAUGGUGAAGAAGAAGAAGAAAUAGAAAAGAAAAGAAGAAAUAAUGUUCAUUCACAUCGUGCAUGCCUCUCCGGUUGAUUUUGAACCGAUUUAAACAAUAUGCUACUGUAUGAAGUCCUUUUAACAGCUGAAUGUUUUUAUUUUGUUCUAUUCUCUUCUUUGUAAAUGGGUUAUCAGUAUUUUUAAAGUGACACACGGAACUUGCCCUUUGACAAAAAAGAAACUAGUGAAGACGUUUCACUCUAAACAACCUGAUCUGAGUCACUGCUCUGCAGAGUUAGUCCUUUUUUUUCUGUGUACACUAACCUAAAGGCAGAGUCACUCUCAUUGCGACUGACGGCACACACAUCAGCACAGCACAGCACAACGCGCACACAGACACACACACAGUUGGGUCGCGUGUACAAUGUAUUUGUUUGGAUUUUUUCACCAGCUGAUAUGCAGCAGGGAGGUCUACGCCCCUCCCUCGCUCUCACAGGGCUAUCUCUCUUCUGUCUGUACACAGAGAUGCUUAUUGAAGCAUUUCCCCGCCGCUGCCUGCUCGUCCUCUCAGGUCCCUCCGUCCCCCUCAUCAAUGCUACCUCGCAUCAUUCUACUGACAGUCAUUGUUACUUUCCUGUUGUUGUUUUUCUGCCACCACAUCCACACCAGCAGGUACGGUCAUUGGGGUUUUUUGGGGGGUUCUUGGAAUUUACAUUUGCCGUGCGUGAAGACGUCCCCUCACUGACUCUGUUGGCUGGUUGUUGCUUUUUUGUUUUUGUUUUUUGUAACGCUUGAAACCACUAACCUGAAGAAAGUGUCAUGUCUGGUCGGCGUGUUUGACCACCAGGAGGCAGGGCUGCUCCCGUCUGAUUUCUCCGCCCUCUGCCUCUGGCUUUUGGUUUAGUUGAGAUUUCCAGAUAAGUGUUCAAUCGUGCGUCACCUGGUUUGCUCUGGUAGAAAUGCUGACUUUACCCCCCCCCCCGACACACACACCCACACACACCCACACACACACACACACACACACACACUGCCUCCACUUGACACAAACACACUCGCACACAAGAACACUCACUAGAUUGCGUGUCAUUGAUAAAAAAAAAGAACCUUGCACCUCAGGAAGAAAUCGCUUUGCUCAGCUGAUGUAUAAGCCAAAUAGAAAAGAAGUAUCUAUGUGCACAGAAUAUAUAUAUAUAUAUAUAUAUAUAUAUAUAUAUAUAUAUAUAUAUAUAUAUAUAUAUAUACACAACAUUUAUUUUCUCUAUCAUAAUCCUAGGUUGUUUUGUUUCUCUGGCAUGGCCCUAAUGAAUGUAACCCCUCCGCAUGACCCUGUUGAAGAUUAACAUACAGACCCCUCCCCCGAUCUGAGCAGAAGUUUCUGGUUGCCAGAAGUAUCAGUUGCAAACGGGACGAAGAGCAACUAGGAAUUUAGAGAAGACUUGAAGACGUACUUUGUGUUUGUCCAACAGACAUGACUUCACAGUAUUAAAAAUACUCCCCCCUCCCCAUUUCAUUUCUUCUUAUGUCUCCCACUUCCUUCGCUAGUGUGGAAAUCUCAGCCUACACUUCUUGCGAUAUAUCCUUCAUUACCAUAAUCUGUCAUUCAUUUUUUUCUUUUUCUUUCUUUCAAGCUUUGUUCCACUGUAGACUGUGUACUUUUUUUCGAUGACGUAGAUGGCGCUGUGUGCUGUUUGAUGUAUGUACCAUGUUUCGUGGUUCGGGUUUAUCACUUGGGAGUGUUUUCCAAGAGAAACAGCUGUUGAGUUGAAAAAGAAGAAAAUAAAGUUUUUAUAAAUAAUUUCAACUAUGCCUGUAGAAGUACGGAUGAUCUUGAUGUCACUACAAAAUAAAAGCUUCUUGGUUUUUU